UGCUGACACUCGCCGCUCCCCGUAGAGAGAACGCGCGGGCAGAUUGUGUUCGCAGAUGACCUUGAAUCGGCGGUAGUUUUCGCCGCAAGGGUACAGAUGGCGCUGUAGUAUGGGAGCCCAGGGGCCCGCGCUGCCCGCUCGGGUGCGUUCAGAAAUUUUCACGCCACGCGCGGGGUGAAUACACGUGGUAUAGGUGCAGAAGUGUACUUGCUGAAACUCGUGUGUGUGUGUGUGUGAAGGCUUCUCCGGAUUCUCGAAAAGUGUUUGGUUGUGCCUGUCAGUCCUGUGAGUGCAUUGUUCGGCUGAUUGGUAUUCUGCUGGGAUUCACUCAACGUAUACCACGCCGCGUCAUGUGACGCCGAGUGCAAUUAGUUGCGCUCAGGCUUGCUGCGCUUCAAAAUGGGCAAGAAGUGCUUUGUACCGAAUUGCAAGUCGGGGUAUCGGACAUGCACGGAGCGUGUGUCGCUUUUCAAGGCUCCGCGUGAACCCGAACGUUUAGAAAAGUGGCGACGGGCGAUUCCGAGAGCAGACAGAGUUUUGCAGCCUACCGACCACGUGUGCGCGAAGCACUUCCCGAAUGAAGUGAUCUCUGCAACAUAUCACGCGGAAUACAAGGGGAACGUCCUUCUGCACGCACAAAAGAAGCCGGUGCUCUCACCCGACGCUGUGCCUAGCAUUUUCCCGAAUUGCCCAGGAUACUUGACUGUGCAGCAAAAAACGAGAAAACCUCCGCGGAAACGGCAGGCUCUGCCGCCGACUUCUCAGAAGCCUAAGAAGCAAGGACAGCCAGAAGCGUCGAAUGCUUCUGAAGAGCUACACCUGGCCGUUGAAAAUACACCAAGUUUAUUGCUGGUUGACACAACGAGUUCAAAAUAUUCUGAUGCCGAAUCAACAGACGCGCCUUGUAAGAGGCCACGCUUGGAUUUCAGCAGCGUCGCGCCCCCUCCACGUGAAGAAAAGGAUCCUUUUCAACACGAUACUGACACAUUGAGUGGCACAUGCACUGCCGACGCACCUAGUCACACAGCUGAAAAGCAACAAGUUUCUUCCUCAUCUCAAAAAACUACGGAGCAAGAGAGAAGUCAUGGACCAACGCAAGAGCAGCGACCCACCGAGUCCCUGUUCCUCCAGGACGGAGGACAGCAAAUGACAAUUUCCGCUCUGUCAGGCUGUGCUUCCAGCCUUAAACUCCCAAGUGAAGCCUGGGCAGUCCAAGUUUCUGACAGAUUUGGGGUUAAAUCUGUUGUUUUCAGUGAGCUAGAAUUGCCGAAAGAGAGUAACCAGGCGCCUUUUCAUAGAAAAGUACUAGAAGUAACCACAUCACAUAAUGACUCCUUGUCAGUGAAAUGUUUUGUUUAUGGCCGUUUUGUUAACGUACAGACCAUAAGUUCUGGUUUGCCCAUGAAUUCCCUAGCUGAUAUAGAGUGUGCAGUACGGGUCUUUCAUGAAAUGCAUGUGUGUGCAGGUGGUCCCAGUGGUGAAAUGUACAAUAAUAUACGCCCCGAGUGCGCAUAUAUUGACAAAUGUGGAACCUGGCGGCACAACCGUUGCCUACUAGUGACAGAGAGUACAAGUUGCAAUGCAUGUGCUAAGUUAAAAGAUGUACUUCGUAUUCAUGCUGCACGAAAGAAAAAGAAUUCUCAACUGAAACACAUUCGCAUUCCGGCCAGUCCAUCGAAAAAAACACGCAUUGAAAUGUUGCGGCGCGCCAGGAUUGCCUGCUACAAGUCAAAAGUGCGGCUUCAAAAACAAAAACAUAAUCUUGAACAAGAAUUGGCUAACUGCAAAUCAAAACUACUAGAAAUCAGUAAUGAAACACUCGAACGCCUUUCCAGAGAAGCAAACCUUCCUGAAGCGCAAAAGCUGGUGUUGAAAGAGUGUGUAGCUGCAGGCAAAGCUCGCUCAAAAAACGGUAGAAGAUACUCAGAUGACUGGAUCUUGCUCUGCCUUCUCCUCCAUAUUAGGUCACCUGGAGGGUACAGAUUCUUGAUGGAGAGUGAAAUUCUCGCCUUGCCUUCAGUACGAACAAUACACCGCUACAUCUCAUUGGUGGGCUUUAAAACAGGCUUUGAUAGUAAGUUCUUCAUAGCCUUAAAAAAGAAACUUGAAAAGAAAGAUGACUUCAAGCGGCACGGUAUUAUCAUCUUUGAUGAGAUGCAAGUCCGUAAAAGUAAGGCUGUCAACUCAAAGACAAUGACCUACGUCGGUCUGGCAUCAGAGACGGAAAACAGUACCGAGCUUGCAGACCAUGCUCUUGUUUUUAUGUUCUGCCCUUUUGGUGAAAGUUAUGCUCAGCCAAUAGGUGUUUUUGCAGCAAAAGGUGCCACGAGGGGUACUAUUCUUGCACAGUUGCUCCUUCAGGCAAUUUUACUUAUGGAGGAAGCUGGAGCAAAAAUUCAUGGGUUUGUUUGUGAUGGAGCUUCGACAAACAGGACUAUGUGGCGAACACUGGGUAUAAGUGGGUCACUAGAAGCCUGCCGGAACUCCUUCACACAUCCAAGCGACCCCACACGAAAAGUUUUUGCAUUUUCUGAUGCUCCACACCUCUUUAAAUGCAUCAGGAACCGUCUUUUGCAACAAAGGUACCUGAAAAAGGAGGGACGUUGGAUUAGGUGGGAGGACUAUGCAGCAGUUUAUAAAGAAGACCAAGCGAAUGUUGGAGCCUUGAAGUGCGACCCUCCAGAGAGGAAGCGCGAGCACGAAACCACGGCCGCCCAGGAAGAGUCGGGGAGCAAGCAGUCCUGCGCGGCCGUUAGUCUUUGA